GUUUCACCUUUCUUCUUACAUCAUGGCACACACCAUGUAAUACUUCCACCAUGCUACAUACAGCUGACUAGGAGUUCGAACGCUUUUGUCCGUUUACAUUUUUGUGUUUGUUGUGUGCAUCACAAUCGGAUUUCGGUGUUUUAUUAUUCCAGUUAUUAUUUCUGUAUUGGUCAAAUCCUGUUGAAUUAUUGGGGACGGAUACCAAUAAAAAGAAAGAAGAAGAAGAUCACGUAUUUCUCGUUAUUAGGUUAGGUUUGCGUCUAUUAAAGAAUAAGUGUACCAGAAUGGUUAGAGCAUGUUGUGUACUCAAUUGUACAUCAAAGAAAAAUAUGCCAUCGCAUAUAUUUCCAACAAAUGUACACAUGCGUGAAAAAUGGUUAAAAAGUUUAAUUUUGAAACCCUACAAAGAAAAUGAAAUUAGUAAGCUUAGAAUUUGUUAUGAACACUUUAAAGAAAGUGAUUAUACUGGGACUUCUAAAUAUCGAAGACUAAAUCGGAGUGCUGUUCCUUUCAUGACAACAGAGGCAUGUACAACACAAUUUAAGAAUAUUAUACAGCAUCAAGAACAAAGCAUACUACAAGAGACAAUUACAAUUGCAUCAGAGAAUGUCGCGCAAUUACAAAAAGACGUAGAAGUAAUACCUAGACAGCAAGAGAUUAUCGUGCACAUGCAAAAAGACGUAGAAAGAGUAUCACAAGCUGAUCUCAUGCAAUUGCAAAUAAAUAUGGAUAUAAAAUUGUCCCAAAUGCAAGCACAGCAUAACAAUCAGCUACAAGAACUAGUGUCACAACAACAACAGAACCAAGAUGAUCACAAGCGGUUGGAAACAGAUAUGGCUAUAAGAUUGUCCGAAAUGCAAGCACAGCAUAACAAUCAGCUACAAGAAAUAGUACAAGAAAUCGGAUCUUUGAAAAUGCAAUUGUAUAAAAAUUUACAAACAAAAAGACCUAAUUUGGGAGAAAUAACGCGGAAGAAGACUUUAUCUCCAAUAGCAAGAAAAUUUUAUAACAAUAAUAUAAAACUGCAAGCACAGCAAAGGCGCAUGAAGAGAAUAAUCAACAAAAUGAAACAACAAAAGAAAUGCAAGAAUUUGAUAUUAAAUAGAAGAAAAUGUAAAGGCUAAGAGGAUAAAACUACAAAAAUACAAGAGGACUUUAUCAAUAUGAUGUUGAGAAAUAAUGAUGUUCCACCACAGGCAAGACGACAUACAAUUCAGGAUGUUCUGCUUAGGCAUUUACCGGAGAUUCCGUUCCUCUUAUAAUUUUAUAUUUAAAUUUUUAUUAUGUCCAUCACAUACAAUUUUGAACACCGAAUUAAUUUGUUAAUCAAAAAUUUUAUACUACAAUAGAAAAUGGGAAAACAAUACGAAAAAGAACAUAAAAUAUUUGACAAAUAUAAAAUAUAAAUUGUAUAUUGUAUAUUAUAUUAUAAUUGUGUAUUGUAUCUAUUAUACGUUAUAAUAAAUAUUCUUAUUCUUA